CCGAGCUUGCUGCCUGGCAGUGCCUGCAGAAUCCCGCAGACUCACCAACGUGACAGUCGGAGAUGCUUGCAGAAAACGGUCUACCGUCCCCCGUGGGCAAUCUAUGCGGCAGAGCCGGCACGGAGGAUGAAGCACGGCGAGGCCAACGCUUUCCCCACGUGCUUGGCCGAUCAGGUACCCUAAUCAAUCCCCCAUCAAUGCCCUCCCAACAUCAUUCCCAAACAGAGGCGCGGACCGAGGCACGUUCGGCCGUAACCUUGAUUCUGCAUCAACGAGAAUCAUGCAAGCUGGAAUCUGCAAGGUCCAGCAUGCACUUGGGGCCACUGGCCCGAGCCACUCACGACGGCGGGAUUACGCCUGCCCGCGACUAUAAAUUCGAGCAUAUGAGGGCAAUCAACAGGACCACAAGCAUCGGACGCAAGCGACAACCAGUACUAUGAUGCACCAGUCCACUUUGUUCAAGGGACUCCCCUUGUUGGCGGUUGCAGCCUUGGCCGUGGACUAUCCUACUCUGCCUAAUGACCUGACCACCCCGUACCAGCAGCGUCUGGCUAUCAUGGGGCCCACAUCGGUCUCAAUUGGAUGGAACACCUAUGAGAAGCUGAACUCGAGCUGUGUCGAAUACGGAACCUCCAGCAGUGACCUGAGCCAGCAGGCCUGCUCGACCAAGUCGACGACCUACUCGACCUCGCGCACUUACUCCAAUGCUGUAACUCUGACGGGCCUUACGCCGGCCACCAUAUACUACUACAAGAUUGUGUCUGGCAAUUCCACGGUGGAGCAGUUCCUCAGCCCCCGGACCCCGGGGGACAAAACCCCCUUCAAUUUCGAUGUCGUAAUCGACCUGGGAGUGUACGGGGCUGAUGGCUACACCCUCUCCAGCGACUCCUCCACGAGCAAGCGGGAGACGCCGUACGUCGAGCCCGACCUCAACCACACCACCAUCGGACGAUUGGCCGACACAUUCGACGACUACGAGCUCGUCAUUCACCCCGGCGACUUUGCCUACGCCGACGACUGGUAUCUGAAGCUGAAGAACCUGCUGGACGGCAAGGACGCCUAUCAAGCCAUUCUGGAGCAGUUCUACGACCAGCUCGCUCCGAUUGCCGCCGGCAAGCCCUACAUGGUCAGUCCGGGGAACCACGAAGCCGACUGCGACGAGCUGUCGUUGCUCAUCGAUCUCUGCCCGGAGGGGCAACGCAACUUCACCGACUUCAUGCACCGGUUUGACGAGACGAUGCCGUCGGCCUUCGCCUCGUCCUCCACCAACACGACCGCGCAAACCCUGGCUGCGACCGCGCGCACGCUCUCCAACCCCCCCUUCUGGUAUUCGUUCGAGUACGGCAUGGUGCACUUCACCAUGAUCGAUACCGAGACCGACUUCACCGACGCCCCGGACGGCCCGGACGGCUCUGCCGGGCUGGACGGCGGCCCCUUCGGCCAGCCCCAGCAGCAGCUGGCGUUCCUGGAAGCGGACCUGGCCAGUGUCGACCGCAGCGUGACCCCGUGGGUGAUCGUGGCGGGUCACCGACCGUGGUAUUCCACGGGCGGGUCGAGCAACAUCUGCGACGCGUGCCAGGAGGCCUUCGAGGAUCUCCUGUACAAGUACGGGGUGGAUCUGGGGGUGUUCGGCCACGUGCACAACUCGCAGCGCUUCCAGCCCGUCUACAACGGCACCGCGGAUGCCAAUGGGCUGAAUGACCCGGCGGCGCCCAUGUACAUCGUCGCCGGUGGAGCGGGCAAUAUCGAAGGCUUGAGCUCGGUCGGAUCCGAGCCCUCGUACACGGCGUUUGUCUACGCCGAUGACUACAGUUACAGUACCGUGCGGGUGCUGAACGAGACGCAUCUGCAGGUGGACUUCAUUCGAUCCGAGACGGGCGCAGUUCUGGACUCAAGUGUGUUGUACAAGAGUCAUACGGAGCAGUUUGUGGUGCAGUAGAGGAGGUUGAAGGGGGUUGGAUGUUUCCCUGGACCUGGCAUAAAAGUGGUAUUUGGCAUUUGGAUGUAACGAAUCAAAACACGCUGCUGUACAGA